AUGCGCCUAGAGAAAGCAAGAAUUGAGGCCGAACUUGAAGUCUUACAGCAUGAGAAAGAAGCAGCUGCAGCAGACGCGCAGGCAAGUGCACUCGAGGCAGCCGUAGAACAGGAUGGCGGGGAGUGUGUGCGCCCGCACCCACCUAUAGACCGAGCACAACUGGUUUCGAGCUACAUCACUGAGCAAGCAACCAUACGUGAUGCAGAGCUUGCGUCUCUUCGGGCGACUGUUGUGCACGCAAGAAGCCAGAGCUUGGAGCAUGCCGAAGCAACAAACCGUCACACGGACUUGCAUCAUUAUCAGCAGCCGCCUGCGUACACGCCGCCGCCCAACAGCCCCAGCUCGGAGCUUGUCGGUGUCCUUAAGUUCCUGUGCCGAAAGGACCUUGUUUCUACUGGACUGAUGAAGUUUGAUGAUCGACCUGAGAACUUUCGUGCUUGGAAGUCAUCUUUCAAGGGCGUCAUUAGAGAUGUAGAUCUUUCUGCGCAAGAAGAGCUCGACCUCCUUAUCAAAUGGCUUGGUCCUGAAUCAUCACGUCAGGUUCGAAGGUUGAAAUCUGUGCAUGUCGAUGACUUUUCGAAGGGCUUAAACGUCGUGUGGAAACGUCUUGACGACACCUUCGGACGUCCCGAGGCAAUUGAAGAUGCGUUGCUGAAGAGAUUGGAGGACUUCCCAAAAAUACCGUACCGGGAUAAUGCCAAAUUGCAAGAUCUCGGCGACCUCCUGCUGGAACUCGAAGCUGCAAAGACUGAUCCGUACCUUGCCGGCCUUAGCUAUUUGGAUACUGCGAGAGGUUCUCAGCCUGAAACGACACUACGAGCAUACGCUAUACUCGAUGAGCAGAGCAACCGUUCAUUGGUCAGGCCAGAACUUCUCGACGAGCUCAGUGUGGAGGGGACACCCACGAAGUACACACUACGCACUUGUUCCGGCAGUACUGAAGUUGUUGGAAGGAUCGCUCACGGCUUCUUCGUACGGAGCGUAUCGGGUGAUGUCAAGCUUCCCCUCCCGCCUCUUCUCGAGUGCGAUGAGAUUCCAGACAACAGGGAAGAAAUUCCAACACCAGAUGCGGCACGGAACUACCCUCACCUGUCAGCCAUUGCAACUCACAUUCCGCCUCUAGAGGAGGCGAGAAUACUGCUUCUCCUUGGCCGAGACGUACUCAGAGUUCACAAAGUUCGCCAGACCAUAAACGGGCCGCUCGACGCUCCUUAUGCACAGAGGCUCGAUCUCGGAUGGGUCAUUGUCGGAGACGUUUGCGUGGGUCGUACACGCAAAACAGGCACUAUAAAUGUGUUUAAGACACACGUUCUCGACAACGGACGACCAUCUCUCUUCAGCCCAUGCACAAAACAUUUCAUCGUGAAGGAAGCGCCGGUUCUCUGCACUACGGAUAGACAUCGGGCCCCAAAUGGUUUCUCAUCAGUAACACCAUCAGAUGACACCCUAGCACCUAAUCUAUUCGAAACAACGCGAGAAGACAACGAGCGUGCCCUCUCUAUAGAAGACAGGGCAUUCCUCAAGAUAAUGGAUAAGGAAUUAAACCGAGACAGGUCAAACAACUGGGUCGCCCCUCUGCCUUUCCGCUCGCCGAGAGGUCGGCUUCCGAACAACAGAAACCAAGCUCUUUCUCGACUGUACUCGCUGCGACGCACGUUGCGAAAGAACCCGGAGACAAGAGAACGCUUCGUCAACUUCAUGAAAGAGCUGUUCUUCAAGGGUCAUGCAGAGGAAGCUCCACCACUUAACGCGGACGAAGAGUGCUGGUAUCUACCCAUAUUCGGCGUUCACCAUCCUCAAAAGCCCGACCAAAUCCGUGUGGUGUUUGACUCCAGCGCUCAGCACGAGGUAGUAUCCCUGAAUGGUGUCCUUCUCACUGGACCCGACCUGACAAACAACCUUGUGGGAAUUCUGAUACGCUUCCGGCAAGAACCAGUAGCGAUAACAGCAGACAUCGAGCAGAUGUUUUACAAUUUUGCUGUUCGCGAAGACCAUCAGAACUAUCUCAGAUUCCUCUGGUUUAAGGACAACGAUAUCUCCCGGGAAAUCAUGGAGUGCCGAAUGAAGGUCCACGUUUUUGGCAAUAGUCCUUCGCCCGCUGUCGCAACAUAUGGGCUUCGGCGGACUGCUCAAGAGGCUGCCCAGCAAUUUGGUGAAGACGCCAAGAGGUUCGUUGAGCGAGACUUCUACGUUGAUGAUGCUCUCAAGUCCCUUCCGUGCGAGGAAGACGCCAUCAGCCUGCUGCAAAGAACGCAGGAAAUGCUUGCAACAUCUAACAUAAGGCUGCACAAAAUUGCGUCGAACAGGCAGAACGUGUUGAAUGCCUUUUCUCCACAAGACCGUGCGCAGGGACUGAGGAGCCUCGACUUCAACAAAGACGCAUCGCCUAUGCAGAGAAGUCUUGGUCUACUUUGGGACGUAGGCAACGACACCUUCGUGUUCAGAGCUCCUCUUCAAGAUAGGCCUUACACGCGGCGAGGGGUGUUGUCGACCGUCAACAGUCUUUUCGACCCGCUGGGUUUCGUGGCACCUAUAACGAUUCAAGGGAAGAACCUGCUCCGUGACCUUGUGACGGAAGGUUAUGACUGGGACACACCGCUUUCGGAUGAAAGGAAACAGAGUUGGGACGAGUGGAAGAAUUCUCUCCAGGCACUUCAUCACCUUCAUGUGCGGAGGACCUAUGUACCAAACUCAACUGCUGAAGCCGCAACCAGAGAAAUUCACGUGUUCUCAGAUGCGUCCACAGGUGCCAUCGCCGCGGUAGCGUACCUACGCGUAACCGACAGGCAAGGAAACACAAAUGUCGGAUUUGUCAUGGGGAAGGCGAAGCUCGCGCCACAACCAGACCACACAGUCCCAAGGCUAGAGUUGUGUGCAGCGGUCCUUGCUGUAGAAAUGGCCGAUGUCAUACUACGGGAGUUAGACUUCCAGCCGAGCGCUGUCACAUUUUACACGGACAGCAAGGUAGUGCUGGGAUACAUACACAAUGAAACUCGAAGAUUUUAUGUGUAUGUGGCUAACAGAAUUCAGCGCAUACGUGGCAGCACACGACCUGAACAACGGAAGUACGUGCGUACGGAGGAAAAUCCCGCGGACCAUGCCACCAGACCAAUCCCAGCAGCGCAGCUCGAGAGGACAAACUGGUUGUCAGGACCUGAAUUUCUCUCCAAACCUCAAGGGGAAGCGCCAUCAUCAGGCUUCACGCUCGUAAACCCUAAUCAAGACGAAGAGAUACGCCCCGAAGUCCGCGUCUUCGCGACGGAAGCGAACCAACGGCAGAAACUCGGAGCCGAACGAUUCAACAGGUUUUCAAGCUGGAGCUCACUCAUACGGGCGGUGGCAAGCAUAAUCCGAGUUGCCCGUCGCGCAAAGAGUUCCUCUCAGCAAGAAAUGGAUUCGAUUGAGGUGCUCUCUAGAGCCAAACUCAUCAUCAUUCACGCUGUGCAGCAGGACGUAUUCUCGGAAGAGCUACGUUGCAUCCAGAGAGGAGAGCCAGUUCAUAAAACAAGCUCGCUUCGGAAGCUUGACCCAUUCUUAGACAGCCAUGGGUUAAUCCGUGUCGGCGGACGUUUGAACAAGGGUGACAUUCCAGAUGAAGAGAAAAACCCUUUGAUAAUACCGGGCCGACACCAUGUCGCGAAGCUACUAGUGCGCUACCACCAUGACUGCGUGCAGCACCAGGGUCGACACAUCACCGAAGGAGCUGUGAGAGCUGCCGGAUUUUGGAUUGUUGGAGGCAAAAGGUGCAUCUCAUCUGUGUUGGAGGCUUGUAUUUCGUGCAAGAAGCUGCGAGGGCGUUUUCACGAUCAGAAGAUGGCUGACCUUCCGGCUGACCGAAUCAGCACAGAGCCACCUUUUACGAACGUGGGAAUUGAUGUUUUCGGCCCCUGGAUGAUUACUUCCCGCCGAACGAGAGGUGGUGUUGCCAACAGCAAGCGCUGGGCAGUAAUGUUCACGUGCUUAAAGGAGUACUGA